AUGGGCAAUGUUGAUAUCAAUCUAUCCUUUGGGCCUUUUGAUCAAGCCCUCAGUGACCAUAACAAGUUCCCUGCUCUCUAUCAGAUGGCUCGAAAGGAGACAUCGAUGGCCACUGCCAUGGCUCCCCACUCUGUCUGCAGUAUAAGUUGUGUUCCUGGAUUCAGGAACGCCCCUCAGGAGGGAAAGGCUGCCUGUUGCUUUGAUUGUACCCCUUGCUCAGAGAAUGAGAUGUUUAAUGGGACAGACAUGGAGCAGUGUGUAAAGUGCCCAGAUCAUCAGUAUGUCAACACAAAGAGAAACCAGUGCCUCCUAAGAGCUGCAAGCUUCCUGGCUUAUGGGGAACCCUUGAGCAUGGCCUUGGCCUGCAUGGCUCUUGGUUUAUCGACACUCACUACAGCUGUUCUUGGGGUCUUUGUGAAACAUCACAACACCCCCAUUGUCAAAGCAAAUAACCCAGCUCUCAGUUACAUCCUGCUCAUCUCCCUCAUCUUCUGUUCCCUCUGUUCCUUGCUCUUUAUUGGCCGUCCUAACACAGUCAACUGCAUUCUACAGCAAACCACAUUUGGAGUUGCAUUCACUGUCGCUGUUUCUGCUGUCUUGGCCAAAACUGUCACUGUGGUUCUGGCCAUCAAGGUCACUUCUCCAGGGACAAGGAUGAGGAGGCUGCUGGUGUCAGGGGCUCCUAACUUCAUCAUUCCCAUCUGCACCCUGAUCCAGGUGACUCUCUGUGGAAUCUGGCUGGGAACCUCUCCUCCCUUCAUUGACACUGAUACAUACUCUGAACAUGGCCACCUCAUCCUCCUGUGUAACAAGGGGUCCCUCACUGCCUUCUAUUGUGUCUUGGGAUACCUCGGCUCCCUGGUCCUGGCCAGCUACGCUGUGGCAUUCCUGGCCAGGAACCUCCCUGACACCUUCAAUGAAGCCAAGUUCUUGACCUUCAGCAUGCUGGUGUUCUGCAGUGUGUGGCUCACCUUCCUGCCUGUCUACCACAGUGCCAAGGGCAAGGUCAUGGUGGCUGUAGAGACCUUCUCCAUCUUGGCCUGCAGUGCAGGGCUCCUGGGCUGCAUCCUUUACCCCAAGUGCUACAUCAUCUUGAUAAGGCCAGAUAGGAAUUGUCCGUAUGGCUUCAAGGAUAAAAGAGAUAGAAGUAGAAAUAAGUAUUGCUAUGAUUAA